UUAGCUUACCUUCUAAUUUAUUUUUCUUUUGUUCUCUUCUAUCUACACCCAAACCAUGGCUACUUCACUCAAGACACCCAUUAUUGCUGCAUCUGCAUUGCUUCAUGCUAAGCAAUCAUCCACCCUCAAGGAGGAGAUAAGCAUGAAAUAUUACUCCGACGACCUCGUCACUGGCCACAUCUAUGCCAAACAUCGCGAUGACGACACGACCAGGAUCGACCUCCCUCAUUACAUCUCAGUUAUUGAAAGCAUUCUCACCCUUGCUGAUCGAAUUACCGAUGCUGUUCAUCGGGGGAGUGAUGGACGUUUAGUAUAUUCAGAUGAAUCUCUAGCAUCUAGUGUUGCAGUUGAGCCACCACUUUGUACUCUUCAUCAUAUCACGAGUGAGCUAUCAUGCAAGGCUCCGGGGAUAGAAAAAGCACACGAGAUUACACUAAAAAUCUUUGAAAUAUUGACAAAUUAUCCGUGGGAAGCCAAGGCAGCUCUGAGUUUGAUAGCCUUUGCAACUGAUUAUGGAGAUUUAUGGCAUCUCUACCAAUAUUCCCAAACUGAUCCAUUGGCUAAAUCUUUGGCAAUUAUCAAGCGAGUAGCUAAUUUGAAGAAGCACUUAGAUUCACUUCGAUAUCGACAAGUGCUUCUCAGCCCCAACAGUUUGAUCAAUAGCUGCUUACAAGCAAUUAAAUAUAUGAAUCAACUUAGAGAAUUCUCAAAAUAUGAUGUGAAGGAACUUCCUGAAUUACCUUCUGCUCUUCGUCAGAUUCCUUUGAUUACUUACUGGGUUAUACACACUCUUGUUGCUUCUAGAAUUGAGCUCUCCAGCUACCUAAGUGAAACUGAGAACCAACCACAGAAAUACUUAAAUGAACUAUCUGAAAAGAUGGCCAUUGUACUCGCUGUGCUAGAAAAGCAUCUAGACGCCAUCCGAGAACAAUAUGAGGAGGUUGAUCUUUAUCGGUGGCUGGUUGACCACAUUGAGCAUUAUCAUACUGACAUUACAUUAGUAAUUUCCAAGCUGCUUAGCGGAAAAAUUGAAACCAAACCCCUUAUUGACGGCUCUACUCUAAGAGAGGUUAGCAUUCAAGAAAUUUUAUCAGGAAAGAAUGUUGUAUUAGUAAUUUCGGAAUUGAGUAUCUCAAAUGAUGAUAUCAUAGCUCUUCACCAAGUUUACAAUGAAUUGAAAAGAGACAACAAGUAUGAGAUUGUUUGGAUUCCAAUAAUCCCAGAGAAAUAUCUUGAAGAAGAUAGAAGGAGAUAUGAAUAUUUGAGGUCUACAAUGAAAUGGUACUCAAUGCAAUUCACUACAAGAAUUGCUGGCAUGAGAUAUAUUGAGGAGAAAUGGCAACUUAGAGAGGACCCAUUAAUUGUGGUACUCAACUCACAAUCUAAAGUGGAAUUCACUAAUGCAAUUCAUUUAAUUCGAGUUUGGGGAACUGAAGCAAUUCCUUUCACUCAUAAUAGAACUGACUUUCUUCUGAGAAAACAUUGGCCUGAAUCAACCCUUGUCAAUUUCACUCACCAACCAAGAUUAUUGAGUUGGUUCAACCAAGAGAGAAGCAUCCUAUUCUAUGGAGGAAAAGAUCCAAAAUGGAUCCAACAAUUUGAGGAAAGAACAGAAAUCUUAAAAUCCGAUCCUCUAAUCAUCGAAGGCCGUUCAUUUGAGAUAGUUCACAUAGGAAAGAACUCGAGAGGAGAAGAAGAUCCAAUGCUCAUGGCUCGUUUCUGGACAACACAAUGGGCUUAUUUCAUCAUCAAGAGCCAAAUCAAAGGUUCAAGUGCAACUGAAACAACAGAAGACAUUCUAAGGUUAAUUUCCUACGAAAAUGAAAAUGGUUGGGUUGUUCUUACUGUUGGUCCUACUCCUCUUCUUGUUGGUCGUGGCUUCUUGAUUCUAAGAUUACUCGAAGAUUUCCCUAAAUGGAAACAAGCUUUACGCCUCAAAGGCUUCCCUGAUGCUUUUAGAGAAUACUUUAAUGAAUUGGCUGCAAAAAAUCACCAAUGUGAUCGAGUAAUUCUUCCAGGAUUCAGUGGAUGGAUUCCUAUGAUUGUGAAUUGUCCUGAAUGCCCUCGUUUCAUGGAGACUGGUAUUAGCUUCAAGUGCUGUCAUGGAGGUCCUCUAAUGUGAUUUCCAUUAUAAUUAUAUGCUAUUAUAUUACUACUACUAAUAAUAAACAAUAGUAUUAUUAUUGCAUUUAUUGCGCUUUGUAUGCGCUUUGUAUGCGCUUUGUAUUAUUUGCUUAAAUGUUGUUUUUCCCCUUUUUGGUAUACUUUAUGUAUUUGCUUAAAUAUUACCAUCUUAUGUAAGAACUAGUACAUCAAAUAA